GGGACCGUCUGGCGUCGUGGGCCAGCUUGAGCCCAGGGGUCGCUCCUGAGCGGCCCGGAUGCCCAGCAGGCGCUCCCCUACCUCUGCUCCAGGGAGGGUAGGGUCGUCACUACCCCGGCCCCCAGCUGCCCUGAAGGGUCCCCAACUCUGGUCUGAAACUCCCCUCGCGUCUCUGCCUCUCUCCUGGGACUGAGGACCGGAGCCGAAAUCGCCCGUCAGGGGAGCGCGUCUCAGCUGCGCCAUCCCGGCCACGACCAGGGCCGGGACCAGGGCUCGAACUAGGGGCGAACCUUGCGCUCAAAGGCGGCUCUGCGGCCACCUGCCCUCUGCCGGCACCUCGGGCGCCUGUGUGCGCAGAGCUCCUGGGUCCCGGGCCACCCUCGUUACCGGAGCUUAGGGCAGAAUGAGCGCCUCGAAGGAAGCAAAGGCGCCACGAGCGAGGCUACUUUUUUAAAAACAAAGAUUGUACCGAGGAGCCUGUUCUUUAUUUGAGCGCCUAAUACCCGACGGCCUUCCUCUCUGUCGUUUAGUGUCCCCAGAGGUCAUUUUUACCUACACGGUCACCCAUCCUGAGGAUUCCCUCAUCCAGCAGGCUCCCUCUAACCCGCCAGCGAGUCUCUGGGGAACAGAAACGCAGGGCGUAUAGUCCUUUAUCAGCGGUUGGGGUUAAAGGGCUCACCCCUCAGAGCAGCUUUUAGUAGAUGCCACCAAAUCCUCUUCCCUGUGCUUCCUGGCUUCCAGCAGGGUGGACACGCUCCUCCACUCCAGAUGCCAUCGCAGUGUCCCCCCCAGCCUCGCCUACACCUGGGUUUUUCAUCUUUUGCCGGGCGGAUCCACCAAACAGUACUCUUGCAUUGCGAGUUCAAUUUUUAAAUUUGAUGAUUAGCUUUCAUGUGUAAUCGGCCAUUUUAAUGUGUUCUUUUUUUUCCUCUCCCGGGUUGGUCUUUUGCUUGCAGGUUGUUAGAGUUCUUUUGUGAUAAAGGCUUUAAACCCUUUGUCUCAUACUUUGCAAUCACGGAAGCUUGUUUGUUUUUAAUGCAUUUGAAUAGAUCUGGCGUGUCUCUUGAGAAUUUUCCCUUUGGUGUCUUGCUGCUCCACCCCAAGGCUAUGGAACUGUCUCCUUUGACUUUUAAGCCUCUCGACACUGGAUGCAUUGAGUGGUUAGUGCGCCCCACAGUUGCUGGGGGUCCAGGGUCUGGAGACCUCUGGGUGGGUCUGUGACGUCUGUCCUGUGAGGUGAGCAAUAACCCGGCACUGUCUGUGGCCUCACCAGAGGCAGCCAUUGUCCCUUACAUCUGUGAACUUCCUGCUGGCAGCUCAGAGGGGUGAUGGCGACAGUCCAGCCCUCUCUCCCCCACAGAGCACAGCAGGUCGGAGGCAGGGCUGUGCUCCCCUCCCUCCCCCUGGCUGUCCCUUUGCAGGACUCAGGGGGCACUUGGUCCCAGUGGAGAAGGCUGGGAGAUACAUCCUGGCCCACAGAGCUGCCUGGAGGCGUCCAAACACUCUGGGCUGCAGCCUUACCUGCCCAUCCUGCGUAAGGGGCACAGUUGUCCUUUCCGGCGAGUGGGCGUGAAGAUAAAAGGAGAUCUUGGGGGAGUCCCUGUUGUGGCUCAGUGGGUUAAGAAUCUGACUAGUACCCAUGAGGAUGCGGGUUCGAUCCCUGGCCUUGCGCAGUGGGUUAAGGACUCAGUGUUGCCGCAAGCUGCGGUGUAGGUCACAGGAGCUGCCUGGAUUGGGCAUUCUGUUGCGAUGGCUGUGGCAUGGGCGGCAGCUGAAGCUCCAAUUCCACUCCUAGCCUGGAAAUGUCCAUAAGCUGCAGGUGCAGCCGGAAAAAGAAAAAAAAAAAGCAGUCUUGGGUGAGAAGGGGCUCAGUGUAGGACACGGCACUCCAGGACAUGAAGGAUGGCUAAAGAGAGAAGCCACAGUCCUGGAACCCACCCAGGAAGCCUCCCCGACAGGGUGGCUGGGCAGCCCGGAAGACUUGGAGAAGAGAGAGGUGACUUGGGGCCGGGUGGGACAGCAGGGCUCCUCAAGGACCGACUCUCCAGGGAGCUUUGCAGUUUCCCACUGUCCACUGGGUGCUGUGGGUUCCUCCCCACGCGGCCAGUUUUGAGUAAUGAACUUGGAAUGUGCCGUUCCCAGCCCCAGGUCCUGACACACUGUUCCCCACCCUGGAUGUCCUUCCUCGGUGCUCUGCCCCCCUGGCUCGCUCUUGUCAGGUCUCCCUCCCGUGGGGACCCCCUCCCCGGUUUCAGCCCCUUGGGUUCUUAGCUCUCUGGGGCAGGUUGCGUGGGUCUAGACCUUGGCUGAGCAGCUGAUCUCUAGCAAGGCCAACACCCGCUCGUGAGCCACGUGAUCCGGGGCAGGUGAGUGGGAAGCGGAGGAAAUGCAGGUGCGAUUGAGUUAAAGCAUCCCUCGUAGUGCUUUCCUAUGGCCUCGUGUGCAGACGAAAUGAGGUGGGCGCUGUGUCGCCGGGCCUCUGCAAGUGUUUGCUGGGAUGACAGUGGUUCCUUCCUGUGGUCAGGCCCAGUCCUCCCCAAGGCAGGGACGCCUCUCCGGCUCCGUUAUCCUCCAGCUGAUGCCAUGUUCCCAGCCCGGGAAAUCCUGGUUGUAACCAUCAACGUCUCUUUGCAGAGGAGCCCCCAGAGUGGGGCUCCAAGAGGGGACGUGACUUGCCUAGGGCCUCCCAGCUCAGAGGCCACAGAGGCCAAGUUGGUGUUUGGGUGCAGAUGUGCUCCAUGCCAGCCAGGGGGCUGCCAUGACCCUGCCAAGCUCCUAGGUGGCUACUGGAUGCUCAAUAGGGACACUGACCUUGGAAUCAGAACCCAGGAAGUCCUGGCAGAGAGCUGGCUGCAGCGCUUCUCAGGCAGGACCAAAGUCCCUCUCCAGAUCCUGGGGAAUGGGGAUGGGUCUCCCAGGCCAGGGCUGAGGCGCCCUGUGCCACGAGGCGGGGAACAGAGCCAGCAAGACUCUGGUCCUGUCAGAGCUCAGAGCCGGGCGUGGCCAUAGGAGUGGAAGUGGCUUAAGGAUCCGACGUUGCUGUGGUGAGCUCUGGUGUAGGUCACAGAUGUUGCUGUGACUGUGGCGUAGGCUGGCAGCUGAACCCCGAUUCAACACCUAGCCUGGGGACCUCCAUAUGCCGCAGGUGUGGCCCGAAAAAAAAAAAAAAAAGAAUCAAAGGAAAACAAGGAAGUAUGACUCGAUAUUUGCUUAGGAACGGUCGACGCUGGGGAUCUUGGGGUGGCAAGUGGUGAAAUCCAGAACAGAACUGGCCGGAGCUUGGGGUGGUGGGGGGAUUUGUGGCGUGUUCUCACCCAAUCAGAGAUGCCGGUGCCAGGGGUGGAGGGCAGGUCCAUUCUCUCCUCAACCCUCCACCACCCUGCUGUGCUCGGCCUUAUCCUCAUUGGCCGCCGGGGGAGUGGGGGGCUGGAGCCUGUGUCCACCCAGCUCUGAGAUUCCAGAGAGAAAAGAGGUGCCUCCCCCAACUCCUGCCCACCGAGCAGAGCAGCGCGACCCCACCUCGAGCCAGCCAGUCUCCUGCAGAGCUCCAAGUACCCGGCCAUCAAGGCCCUGAUGCGGCCGGACCCCCGUCUCAAGUGGGCGGUGACGGGGCUGGUGCUGGCGCAGCUGCUGGCCUGCUGGCUGGUGCGGGGCCUGGCGUGGCGCUGGCUGCUCUUCUGGGCCUACGCCUUCGGGGGCUGCGUGAACCACUCGCUGACGCUGGCCAUCCACGACAUCUCGCACAACGCCGCCUUCGGCACCGGCCGCGCCGCCCACAACCGCUGGUUCGCCGUCUUCGCCAACCUGCCCAUGGGCGUGCCCUACGCCGCCUCCUUCAAGAAGUACCACGUGGACCACCACCGCUACCUGGGCGGCGACGGGCUGGACGUGGACGUGCCCACGCGCCUCGAGGGCUGGCUCUUCUGCACGCCGGCCCGCAAGCUGCUCUGGCUGGCGCUGCAGCCUUUCUUCUACUCGCUGCGGCCGCUCGUCGUGCACCCCAAGGCCGUGACCCGCAUGGAGGUGUUCAACGCCCUGGUGCAGCUGGCGGCCGAUGCCACCAUCUUCGCCCUCUGGGGGCUCAAGCCCGUGGUCUACCUGCUGGCCAGCUCCCUGCUGGGCCUGGGCCUGCACCCCAUCUCGGGCCACUUUGUGGCCGAGCACUACAUGUUCCUCAAGGGCCACGAGACCUACUCCUACUACGGGCCCCUCAACUGGAUCACCUUCAACGUGGGCUACCACGUGGAGCACCACGACUUCCCCAGCAUCCCCGGCUGCAACCUGCCCCUGGUACGGAAGAUCGCGCCCGAGUACUACGACCACCUGCCCCAGCACCUCUCGUGGGUGAAGGUGCUCUGGGACUUUGUGUUUGAGGACUCCCUGGGGCCCUACGCCAGGGUGAAGCGGGUGUGCAAGGUGGCAGAGGACGGCCUGUGAGCCCGGCGCCCAGAGUGGACGGACCCUUCCGAGCAGAGGUGGGAGCUGGGCCUCUGCUGUCAGGCUGCUGCCUGGCCUCGCCCGGCCACACCCACCUGCCGCAGAGCUGGCUCUCCCUGUCCCCUCGCGGUCUAGUGCCCAGAACUGGUUUGGCUGCAUUUGGUUCCCGCACCCUGGCCUGUCCUCUUGGCCUCCGGAGCCCCGAGACCACGCCUGGCGACGGUGGGCACAGACCACAGCUUGGAGAAGCUUGGUCUGCACAUGGACGAAUGACCUCAGCUCGGGCCGCCCUUUCCAGGCCUCAGGGGCGAGGCCUGGCCCCACCCUGGCGCUCUGUCCCAGGGUCUCCAGGGAGCUGAUUUCUCUGGUGUUCCUGUGCCCUAAAUUAAACCCAGCCUUUGUUUUCAGGCUCACA